AUGGAGACUCUCUCGGCCUCUAAGCAUAUGGUAAAAAUAAUACGAGAUCCCAAGCAACAAAUUGAGAUGGUGGGUGUCCCAAAAGAGUACCUAUCCGGUCAUGCAUUCCACAAGUAUCAACUGGAGUCACCUGAUAAAACAGUUUCUUUUGAGUUUCAGCAUAAUGUCUGUGGUAGAUCAAUCUAUGCGGAGGGUACAGUUGAUGCUGCAAUUUUCCUUGCUAAGAAGGUGAUAAUGGUUGCUUCCUCAAAAUGCACCGCUCGAGUUCAAUCAAAGGCGGACAAAUUCAUCUACAACAUGAUAGAUGUUUUGCGGGAGGGCGCCAUGAGAUGA